AUGCAGAAGGCAUACGUGAGUCAAGAAGAGAUGGAUAUACAACAGUUAGAAGUCCUGAAAAUGGAAAUUAGUCAUUGGAAAAACUCAGGAGUUCAGACACAGGGCAGAGCAGCCUCUGUAAGACAAUCACGCCGGGCUCCAGAAGACUCCGCAUCCUCUCUCCUUGCCUCCCUGCUGCUGCUUGAGGGAGCCAUGUUCUCUCCGUCCUCACCGCCUGCCGGGCUGUUGGAGAAGGUCUUCCGGUACAUCGAUCUCCAUCAGAAUGAGUUUGUACAGACGCUUAAGGAGUGGGUGGUGGUGGAGAGCGACUCGGUUCAGCCCCUGCCCCGCCUCAGACAAGAGCUCUUCAGAAUGAUGGCGCUGGCUGCAGACAAGCUUCGGUGCCUGGGAGCCAGUGUGGACUCCGUGGACUCAGGUGUUCAGCAGCUGCCUAAUGGUCAGACUCUCCCGAUACCUCCCAUCAUCCUGGCCGAACUGGGGAGUGAUCCAAAGAAACCCACCGUGUGCUUUUAUGGCCACUUGGACGUGCAGCCUGCUAGACAGGAAGACGGGUGGCUCACAGACCCUUACACGCUGACAGAAGUAGAUGGAAAACUUUAUGGACGAGGAGCAACAGACAACAAAGGCCCUGUUUUAGCAUGGAUUAAUGCUGUGAGCACCUUCAGAUCCCUGGAGGAAGAUCUCCCUGUGAAUAUCAAAUUCGUCAUUGAAGGGAUGGAAGAAGCCGGUUCUGUUGGCCUGGAGGAACUGGUCAGGAAAGAGAAGGACCGGUUCUUUUCCAGGGUAGACUACAUCGUCAUUUCCGAUAACCUGUGGCUUAGCCAGAGGAAGCCGGCCCUCACAUACGGCACGCGCGGAAACAGUUACUUCACGGUGGAGGUGAAAUGCAGAGACCAAGAUUUUCAUUCAGGAACCUUUGGUGGUAUCCUCAAUGAACCAAUGGCUGAUUUGGUUGCUCUUCUUGGUAGCCUCGUAGACUCAUCUGGUCAUAUUCUGAUCCCUGGAAUCUAUGACCAAGUGGCCCCUGUUACUGAAGAGGAGAGAAAAAUGUACAAAGCCAUCGAUCUGGACCUAGAAGAAUACCGGAAUAGCAGCCAGGUUAAGAGAUUUCUGUUUGACACCAAGGAGGAAAUUCUGAUGCACCUGUGGAGGUACCCAUCUCUCUCAAUCCAUGGGAUCGAGGGCGCGUUUGAUGAGCCUGGAGCCAAGACAGUCAUCCCUGGCCAAGUUACAGGAAAAUUUUCAAUCCGUCUGGUCCCUCACAUGAAUAUGUCUGUGGUGGAAAAACAGGUGAAGCAGCAUCUUGAAUAUACAUUCUCCAAAAGAAAUAGUUCCAACCAGAUGGCUGUUUCUAUGACGCUAGGACUACAGCCGUGGAUCGCAAAUAUUAAAGAUAAUCAGUAUCUUGCGGCAAAAAGAGCCAUCACAACAGUGUUUGGAACAGAGCCGGACAUGAUCCGGGAUGGAUCAACCAUACCAAUUGCCAGAAUAUUCCAGGACAUCAUCCAGAAGAGUGUGAUGAUGCUCCCGCUGGGGGCUGUCGAUGACGGGGAGCACUCUCAGAAUGAGAAAAUCAACAGGUGGAACUACAUAGAGGGAUCCAAAUUAUUUGCCGCCUUUUUCCUAGAGAUGGCUAAGCUGCAUUACUAAUGACAGGAACCUUCCAGCUUAGAUCUGACCUACUGACAGAUAUCCUCUCCCACACACCUGGACAGGAAUA